GGCCAUCCAAAUUCAGUCGUAGUCUGGCGCUUGCACAUUGCAGACGCUAUUUAUAAGACAUAUCAGAUACACAAGUAUUAGCAACCAAAGGAGGAACCAUGUCGGACGGCGAAUCGAAGUUUGGCUUCAAGGAUAUGGAGAAGGCGCUGGAGACACUGAAGUUGCUGGAGGACCACGACAUGCAGUAUCGCAAGUUGACGGUGAGGGGACUGCUCGGCAGGGCAAAGAGGGUCCUAACAAUGACCAAAGCGGAGGAGAAGCUGAAAAACAUCAAUGCGGCCAUUGGAGUCUUCGAGAAAUGGCUGGAGGAGAAUGGCGGUGGAGCAUCGAGUAAGAAUGCCAAGACCGACAGUGAGGACAAGGUGGAGACGGUCCCUGGACUGGGAUUCAAGGACAAGGCGGCUGCGGAGGCGACUCUCAGCAUUUUGGCGGAGCGCGAUCCGGAUUACCAGAAGUUGGCCAUCAAGGGAUUGAUUGGCAGCUCGAAGCGUGUGUUGUCCGGCACCAAGAACGAGGACAAGAUCAAGGCCAUCAAGGAGGGCGUCCAGGUGCUGGAGGAUUUCCUAGAGAAGUUCGAGGCCGAGAACCGGGUGAAGGAGAACCGUGCCUAUUUACCACUCGCCGUGGUCACCAAGUUGCCGGAGUCCCAGGAGGAGUUGGCCAGCGAGUUCCUGGAAGCUUAUGGCGGUUCCAAGGCUAAGGGAAAUUACAAGCACCUGCGCACCAUGUUCCCUAAGGAGGAUGAGAAGACCAGCUGGGACAUUGUCCGCAAUCGGCAGUUGGCCAAGUUGCUGGAGCAGAUCAAAAGCGAGGAGGCCAAGCUCUUCGAUUCUGAAUCAGGAGCACCCUCCGAUCUCCACCUGCAGUUGAUCCACUGGGCAUAUAGCCCACAGCCGGACAAACUGAAGCAGUACAUCGAAAAGCUGGCCAAGAAGACCCCGGAAAAACGCAAGCAGGAGAGCAGCAGCAGUGCCAACGAUUCCAGUAGCACUAGCCAGGAUUCCGAGGACGAGGACAAGCCCAAAAAGAAGAAGAAGAAGGAGGAGUGAGGUGUAUUCAAUUGAAAGUACUGAUGCCAUUUGAUUAACGAACAGAAACGGUUAAUACAUCCUGUUUCCGCUUUCCAAACUAUCAAAUUUGACGGCAAAGGAAUUAAUUCAGAUUCAACAUGUACGAAUUUUGAUUGAUUCCUAAACUGCCAAAUUAUGUGGGUUUCGAAAACGAAAACAGGUUUAAUAGUUUAUUUAAGUAACUCAACCUCAACGCAGACUACGAUUAGUGGUGGACACAAAGGUGUUUCUUUUUGUAUCCCCCUCUAUAUUCACAGAUUAUUGUAUGUAUACGUGUAAGUAUAUACUAUAUGUAAAUAUCGUUUAGUACCAAUCGCUUGUCGUUUUGAUGAGCCUGGUCGUUGGAAUCAAUAAUGUACGGUUUUGUCAGGGGAGGGGCACAACUUUAUACUGAGCAAAAAUAAAAAUGAAGAUAUCAGGUAUAUCUCUAUUUUAGUACAA